AUGCUGUCAGCCCGAAAGAUACCCAGGGCAUGCCUGUCAUGUCGUCUGCAGCUCCUGUCGCUUUUUGAGAAUGGCUUCACGAAUUGCGCGCCGCGGACGAGCGCUGCACGAGCACGAUACAGCAGCACACGACUCCCCCAUGGGCCCCGUAACCUUCAAUAUCGACCCAAUGCCGCUGCGUUCAGAACAUUCUCUACCACGAGCUUACGGGGAGAGGAGGGAGUGAGGGAGGACCUGCCAGAACAGUCUGGUAUGGGAGCAGUCGGGAUCGAGGCAGUGGUACGGCAGGCGAGACAGACGUUUGGAGAGACGCUUCCCAAGGACUAUCUAUCGACCGAGGAAUACGUGCUAUACGAGCGUCUAUACGGGCCACCGUUGCGGGAAACCCGGCCCGAGGAUCUGGAAUACCUGUACGGGAGUGAGGAGGGGUUUGAUCCGGAGAGGGCGCGCAAUGUGCUGUUGAGGCAGAAUGACUUGGGGGGGUAUGAAGAGGUGGAUUUUGAUCCGGGACUGGGCUAUCCUGCGAGGGAUGAGAAUACGGUCACGACGGAGCAGGAGAUUUCAGCUGCUGAAAUGGAGGAGGCGCAAUUGGGAAGUGGAGAGGGGUAUUCUGAGGAGGAGAUGCUUCGUGCUCUGACGACUCAGACAUUGUUGGAAGACGGAUUCACUGAGGAGCAGGUGGCAGAAAUGCUAGAGAGCAGUCAGGCUGAGUUGGAAGGAGGCGUAUUGGAGGAUUUCACGUCUGCACCGGAAGAGGAAGCUGUGGCUAUCCAGCCAGAAGCUCAGGGAAAUGCUGUCAGAGUCCAGGGUAGGAACCAGCGGGAGGUUGACGCGAUUGCACGACUACAGCUGGAUAUGGAUGCCGCACUAGCUCAGCCUAUUGAGGAAGAAGAGGAAGAGGUGGUCGAGGAAGAGUACGAAGAAGAGGAGGAGGAGGAGGAGGAGAUUGAAGAGGAAGAAGAAGAGGAAGAUGGUGCCUGGAUCAGCUCCGAUUCUGUUCGAACACACCCCCGUACCUUGAUUGGCCGAUCAGGUACGAAACCAACAACGGUUUCUCUGCCAAAGGAGACAUUCAUUGCCCCCAUCACCGAAAUACUGGGACGCACAAGUAUAAAACAUGUUGCUGAAUCAGCCGAGAAGGUAUUUGGAGGCAAGGGUUUACCGUAUUCAUCGUCCGUGCCGGCUUCAAAAAAGUUUCUGCCACAAAAACACAUUGGCCUGGAUGCUGCGCAGCAGAAGAUGAGCGAGAUCGAAGCAGAUGCAUACCUAGGCGCGGUCAUGCCCGGGACAUAUGCCGCUGUCAUGAACACGCUGGUAGAGGUACGAAAGCGUCUGGGUCGCCAGUGGGUCCGGGAUCUGAUGUUUAGGGAGGGCGGUGAAGGGCCGAAGAUUUUGGAUGCUGGUGGUGCUGGAGCCGGCGCUAUCGCGUGGCGAGAGAUUCUACAAGCCGAGUGGGAUGUGAUGAAGGACGAAGGCAUUGUUGAGGGCGAACAAGCCCCUUAUGGUAAGACCUCUGUCCUGACCGGCUCUUCCGCCUUAAGGACUCGAAUUACAAAACUCCUGGACAACACGAUCUUCCUCCCUCGGCUGCCAGACUACGUACACUCUCCGUCGACAGCACUGCAUCUGGACCGCAACGUCAACCAGCCUAGGAAGACUUACGACAUUAUCAUCGCACCUCAUACCCUGUUCCCUUUGAAGGAAGACUUCCGACGCAAGAACAUGGUCCACAACCUUUGGUCUCUCCUCGAUCCCAACGGAGGAGUGCUCAUCCUCAUUGAGAAGGGCUUGCCUCGUGGAUUUGAAGCAAUCGCAGGCGCGAGAAAUCUUCUCCUUCAAUCCCACAUCUCGUCCCCGGGCGAGACAGAAAUUGAGAACGAAAUCCAGUCGCCUGAGUCCGAGCACGCACGCUUCUUGCAGAAGGAAGAAGGCAUGAUCAUUGCCCCAUGCACGAACCACCAGAAGUGCCCCAUGUACCCCAUCCCCGGACUCAGCGUCGGACGAAAAGAUUUCUGCCAUUUCCCCCAACGAUUUAUUCGCCCAGCUUUCCUCCAAAGUAUCCUGGGAGCCAAGGUUCGCAACCACGAAGACUCCAAAUUCAGUUAUAUUGCGGUGCGCCGAGGAAACGACGCACGCAAAUCGUCGCCAAGUGCUGCACAGGGCGAGGAGGCGACCGUUAAAGCGUUUGCCGGAUACGAGGAUCUCGAAGCCGAAUCUGAAUCCGACGGCCACGGCCAUGCAGUCCUAAGCGAGUUCGAUCCCCUGAAGCUCCCCCGCAUCAUCCUGCCCAGUCUCAAGCGCCGGGGUCACGUGACCCUGGACCUGUGCACGCCGUCUGGAAAGCUCGAACGCUGGACCGUGCCGAAGAGCUUCAGUCGAACAGCUUAUCGCGAUGCGCGGAAAUCCAGCUGGGGAGAUCUGUGGGCCCUGGGAGCCAAGACGAGGACCUUCAGAACCCCUCGGCUGGGACGGUUGGGCGAGGAUGGGAAGAACGGGAAGUUGAAGGGGAUUCGAGAUGGCAAGAUGGGUAAGGGAGGGAAGAAGAUGCGGAAGAACAAGUUUGACAUCAUUAUGGGCAAGGGGGGGUUUGAGGGGAUCGAGGAGGACAGAGGGACGAGCAAGUUCGUCAAGCGGGGGAAGAGGACGAAGGGUGGCAGAGUGUGGAAGGCGCCGACGCCGAUUGGGGAGAAGGACUUGUAA